UGUGAGCCGUGAGUGUCUGUGCACAGCCACCGGAACACAGCACCAUGAAAACCAUCAUAGCCGCAUACUCCGGGGUGCUACGGGGUACUGGAUCCAGUAUCCUAUCGUCUGUACAUGAUUUGCCUUUCCUUCCUUGGUUGUCAAAGUUCAAAGUUGAAAAGCAUCUUCAGAUCAUCUCUGUGCUACAAUGGGUCCUCAGCUUCCUAAUUAUGGGCGUUGCAUGCACUGCAAUACUGCUGUAUGUCUUCUGCACUGACUGUUGGCUGAUUGCAGCUUUGUACAUGGCUUGGCUGGUGAUUGACUGGAACACACCUAAUAAAGGUGGCAGACGCUCCACAUGGGUAAGGAACUGGGCAGUCUGGAGAUAUUUCAGAGACUAUUUUCCAAUUAAGCUAAUUAAAACCCACAACCUGCUUCCAAGCAGAAAUUAUAUUUUUGGCUACCACCCACAUGGUAUAAUGUGCCUUGGAGGAUUUUGUAACUUUGGCACAGAAGCCACUGGUGUGUCCAAGAAGUUUCCUGGUAUCAAAACUUACCUUGCCACAUUGGCAGGGAACUUCAGAAUGCCUGUACUUAGGGACUACUUAAUGUCAGGAGGUAUAUGUCCUGUAGACCGUGACACCAUAGAUUACAUUUUAUCUAAAAAUGGCACUGGGAAUGCUGUGGUUAUUGUCGUUGGAGGAGCUGCUGAGUCUUUAAACUGCAUACCUGGAAAAAACACAGUGACCUUAAAACAGAGAAAAGGCUUUAUAAAGAUUGCACUGCAGCAUGGAGCGGACCUGGUUCCUGUUUAUUCAUUUGGAGAAAAUGAAGCUUAUAAGCAGAUUGUGUUCGAAGAAGGCUCCUGGGGGCGCUGGGUACAGAAGAAGUUCCAGAAAUAUGUUGGGUUUGCACCUUGUGUCUUUCAUGGCUGUGGAUUCUUCUCUUCAAACAGUUGGGGCCUAGUUCCCUAUCCUAACCCUAUAACUACUGUUGUUGGGGAACCAAUCACUGUCCCUAAAAUUGAGCACCCAACGCAGAAGGAUGUGGAUUUCUACCAUAGCAUGUACCUGAGCUCACUUCAGAAACUUUUUGAUAAGUACAAGACCAAGAUCGGCCUACCUGAAACUGAGAUGUUGGAAAUCAAUUGAUGGACUCUGCACUGCUGAUAAAGAUGGCUUUUCUAUGUCUGUGUUGAACAGCUGAUUACCAUGAUUUCUAGAAUGUACUUUAUCAUGAUUGUAGCUGUAAAUGUAUCAUUCCAUAUCUGGUAUGAAUAGCUGAAGUUGGGCACUACAGCUGUAGAUUGCUCUUUGCCCACUACCAGAGCUUAAUGACUAUAAAACUACUGGGCAGCCCUUAUCUAAUGCCUAAUAAUAGUACCGCUCUUAGCACUUAUGAUUCAUAUUAACAGUUUUCUACUGGUUUACUGAACUUAAAGUUCAGCUUUUUUUUCUUUCUUUAUAUUAAGAAAAAACUGUUAUAAUUAUAGCUGAUGUCACUAGGUAGAUCUAGUAAAUAAACUUCUAAUCAUCAGCCCAACCAGGUGCUAAGAUCUUUGUAUCAAAGUAUUGGUACAUAAAUGUAUAAUAAAGCAUUUUAUAAUGCUCUUAGUAACCCUUUACCAAGCUCAACAAUAAUAUAAAAACUUUUUGUUUUCUCUUUCAGUUUAAAAAAAAAGAAUAAAAAUACUAAAAUGUUUUAUCUUACCCAUAAUCUAGUUGAGGGCAAUCAUACACUUUCCUCUGCCCUUCUUUAUUUCCCACUUGAAUCUACAUACAAUCGGUUUAUAAAACCAUAGUUAUAAUGUGCUAUAUUUUGAUUAAAGCUGAGAAUGGUGCAUUUGGCAGCAGAAAUGUUCUACCUAGUCAAAUAACGUUUGUUUACAAGCAAUGCAGUCUAGUUUUCCUGCCUAUGUACUGUUUCACUCUAUCUUGGUGAGAGUGAAUUUUUAUGGUCUUAUGGAUAUGGGUGACUACUUUACCCUUGUAGAAGUAACACUGAACAGAUAUAUAAAAUUUUGGGUUCAUCUUUCGAUGAAGAGUGGGGUCAUCUGCUAUAUUAUGAGAGACUUUUAAAACUCUUAAAAAAAAAGGGGGGGGGGUCCCAUGGAAUUAAAAUAAAUUUUUAAUGCUGUGAUAGUACCUACAUUACAAUGAUUUAAUCUGCAUUCCUUUGUUAACAAUUAACCCCCCCCUUUUUUGUUGUUGUUGUGCAAGUGCUUUUAAAGAUCGAAUUCCUUAACUUUUCUUUUUGAUUAUGCAGCUUGAGUCUAAUGACAAGUCACAUUUAUGUAGCUGAGGGCAGAGUGAAAACUAAUUAUAGUUUUGGGGGCUGUCUUUGAGGGAAAAUUGAUCAUUUUAUAAAUAGAAUAUUACUUAGUAUUUCAAGCACUUGUCUUAGCAGGUUUGAUACCCUUACACAAUUUACCAAUGCUACUAAUUUCUUAUCAGACAUGUUACAGAGCUAUGCUUAUUAACAAUGAGUUAAUUCUUUCUUGCAAUGCACAAGAAAAGUAACAAAAUAAUCCAUUAGCUUCUACAUUUAAGGGGGAUAUAAACAUUUAGAAAUGGUAAUAUCAAAUAUUUUUAUUUAAUAUAAUCAUGUUUUGCACUAUAAUUUAAUUAUUUAUUCUGUGCCCCUUUCCUAUAAAUUAAUUCUGAAAAUUGUGGACUUUACAAUUCCUGUUAAGUGGAAGUGCAGACUCAGACUUACAGUGAAGGUAAAUUAUUCUAGUUUUAAAUGGUGACCUCUUGACAACCCCAUCAAUACAACUAUAUAUUCCAUUUAAAAAAAAAAUUCUUUUAAAACAAAGUUUAUUUAAAUCCUUGUUUCUUCAUAUUUCUGCUCCUCUUACAUUGUAAUUUAUGUAGUCUACUGCUAUAGAGAAUGACCCUACGUAAUAGGUGAUGCACGCUCCCAUUAGUUGGAAGAACUGAGCGUGCGGCUAGACAGUCACCUCAAUGUAAACUGAGAUUUGCAAGAUUGAGUGCUGCCAAUACAGCUGAAGUUUUUGUCUGCCCACUUUAGACAGCAGUGUUAUAUCUAGCAGUUCCUGGGCAAUAUCACGCAUGUGUCUCUACACAAAGACCCAUCAGCACAUUAAACUCAGUGAGCCAUGCGGCAAUACUGGUGAUUGGUGGAAGGAGAUAUACAUCACCAAAAGGGGAAAAAAAGAUUUAAUGGAGGGGUGGUCGGUCAGGCAGGGUUAUUAGAUGUGAGUACUAUUACUAAAUAAAGAUUUCUAAGCAUCUUAAUGAGAAAACAAAUCCUAAAACAUUUUUUUUUUUUUUUAAAAAUUGGACUAUAAUUGAAUAAUAAGCAAAUCAUUUGACUUUACCAUUACUUUGAAAAACUGAUGUAUUAUACAUGGUCAUAAAUUGCAGUCUAGUGACUCAUAUAGCUUUCCUGAAUUGGCCUCAGAAGAGAAUGAAACCUAAGUAACAAAAUUGCUUUAUUGACGCUCAUAUUCCCCCCCCCCCCCCCCCCCGGUUAUUUGGUGUCUAUGUCCCUUUUAAGUAACAUCAAAUAAUUUAGGCAUUCUCUACUAUUUAACAUUUGAAUGUUACUUUAUCUAUAUGGACAGUAUUUUAUUCCCUGACUAGUUAAACAUAGUUUUAUAUUUUUUUCACUAUAGAUUUCUGCACAAGAUUUUUUUUUUUAUUCUUAUAAAGCACAACCAAUGCAAUUUGGUGGUUAACCUGUUCUGGAACCAAUCUACUAAAAUUAAAAAAAGCUAUUUUGUAUGUAUUUACCAAACUUUUCUACCCACCAUUCAGCUGAAAGAAUGUCUUAGCUGUAAUCUCAGUGUUAACAUAAAAUAAUAAUAUAAUCUGAAAGUAUUGGGGAAAGUGCAAUUUUAUUGUUUAAUUAAGAAAGUGUUUUUAAAAGAAGGUUUAUAAAAAUGUAUAUAUUUGUCAAUCAACUGUAGGUUCAUAUUGAAUGUGUAUAAUACACAUAUGCCUUUUAUUUGAAGUGUUUACAUUGAAGCUGCAUUUGUAGGAUGUGGAUAUUAUUUUUUUUUGUCUAAAGAAAUAUAAUCAAAAUGUCAGAUAUUUGGGUUUAGUGAUAGAAAUGAAUCAAUGUGCCUUUGAUGUGCUACAUUUAAUAACGUUCUCUAAAAUAACUGCAUCCUAAAUAAUUAUCUAUUUCGGGUUUAAGAAUGUAUUGUAUUAUAUAUAAAAUGUUUUGUACAGAUAAAUAUAAAUAAA